GCAGCAUACUGGAGCCAACCCCCUCCUUCUUCCUCUCCGCCCUCCUUUUUAAUGGAAGAAGCGAAGUACAGUACUAUAUGUGGAAGUCUGUUCGCUUCACAAGAGACGACGGAGUAAAAAGGAUCAACAUGGUGUGUGCGUCGGCGCUUCCAUUGCCCUUCUUCGUCGUUAUUCGCUGCGAAUCACGAUCAUUACGCCUGCAUAUUAAAAAAGUCUUCUCUGUACGGAGCACUGCACCAGCCAAGUUCAAGUUCAAGUUCAAGGGUCGGGCGAUCGGGAAACCCGCUUCUCAUGGACACAGUCGGAAAGAUGCUCCACUUUUUUUCUUCCUUGACCCAAAAAAAGCCCCAGUUGAAAAAGAAUGGAUAGCGAUAUGGUGGUAAAAGAAAAUAGUUUCUAGUUUUCCACGACGUACGCCAUGAUCUGUCCCUGGAGUAUGGAAUUGUGUUUGUUGAUGCUGAAACCAACAAUGCCUCAGCCAUGAAGUCACUGAAGGAGAAACUUUCCUCAUCCGAUGGUACGCCCAGAGGCACCAGU